AUGGUCCAGAAACGCACUAUUGAGGUUGUGAUACCACAAAUGUCGAGUCAAAGCAUUAACUCAACCACAAAGUCAAAGGAAGUGGUAUUGAAGACCACCCCAGUGACUUCUCUGGCCACGAUUGACGAAGACCAAGAUUUAUGUAAUUCUAACCGUCCACGUCGUACGGAUGACGAAUUGCAGAGCAAGUUGGAUCAUGGCAAAAUGUCUUCGAUUUCUAGCUUGCUGGGGCAUUUCUUUUCCGGGGCCCGAGAAGAGGAAAAGGAAAAGGAAGAUGCGGAGGUAGUCCAUGGCGACUGUCCUCCACAUCGCACGAACGAUCACCUAUUCAACUGCGAUGGAGAUAAUCGCCAAACAUCAGCCAUUUCUCGCGAUAGAAGAGGAGAGGAGAUCAAACGAGAGGUUGAGAAUACGUAUGGAACUAAUUUUCCACGUCGAUCAGAUGUCCAAGUCAGAUUCGAGUUGGACAAUCAUGAGAUCUCGACAACCGAGCCCGUGUCUAACGAAAUGACUCCGCAGAUGACUCCUACUUCUUCAAUAGUCGAUGGGAUGGAGGGAAAUCUCAUUGAUCUCUACGAUGAUAAUAACGAUGAUGACGAUGAUGACGAUACCCCUCUCCGCCACACAGGCGAGGAAUUCCUUUCCGAUGAAUUCGAACCCUAUCCAUAUCCACAUCCACAUCCACAUGCAAAUGCAAAUGCACAUCCCGCACCCAAACCAUUCACCGUCUCACAACAUCCGCACACACAAACAAAAGCCGCUGUUACACCUCAGCCAAACCAUCCCGCUCAUCCCACAAACAUCACCCUCACAUCUCCACACGCAAUUCUCCAGCACGAAAUAUUUCUGCAUACACUCCCACCCCCCCACGCAUCGGUCCCACAAAUCCGGAUCUGGAUCGCAAGCUGGUUUUCCGGUAGAGAGAUCGCGAUUUCCGUUCCAUGGGAGGACGAGGAUGUUGAUCUGCAGCGCUAUAUCGAUUGUAUUUCGUGGAGUGGCGAUGAUAUACAUCAUGGGAGUUGUGGUAGUUUGGAGAGUGAUAUGAGAGGAUGGAUGUUAGGGGCGUAUGCGAGACCGAUUGUGAGGGAUAUUGAGAAGGCGAGAAAUAUAGAGAGGGAGAGGAAGUGGAAGGUGGCUGUGGGGAGGUUUGCGGAUUUUCUUUAUGGUGCUGUGGUUAUGGGGGUGGUGGGACUGGUUUUGAUGGUUUUUGUGCCCUGUCCUUGUCGGAGGUAUUGA